AUGGACAAAUCGUUGUCGCCGUCCGAAUCGCCCUGCCCUGCACCCGUCGCCCCACACCGCUCGACCGAUGCUCCCUCUCCCCCUCUGCGAUAUUCCCCACCUCUUGGGCUCUCGCCACGGCGGUACUUUCCUCCAAAACUCAACUCGGGCCCCACAUCCACGUCCUUCAGCACUUCCUCCCUCCGUGACCCCCCUCCCAACGCUACGCCCCCGGGGCACAGCCGUUCUCCCUCGGCCAGUGGUGGUCCCCGCUCGGCUGAGGACCGCGAAGACCGUCGCAAGGGCAAGGCUCGUGACCGCGAAGAAGCUGCUGAGGACGACGCUGUUAGACCGGAGAAACGCAGCCGAACGAAUGCUCGCCACGGGCCCCGUUCGGCGGUCGAGUCCCCUUCGAAGAACAGCGCCCCUGGGCGCUCGCCCACGACGGAACAGCAGCCGCCUUCCAACAGCAAGCGCCCCAGCACCCUGGCCCCGAUCCAGCCCAUCGGAUUCGCCGCAUCCCGAGAGGCCAGGCGCGACGGCGACAAUGACGUCAACCGAGCCAUCCCAUCCCCAGUUGUCUUGGGCUUCGACUUUAAGAGCGUCGACGAAGAGCAAAUGAAGACCGUGCGAGACACGAUCAGCAUCAAGGAGCAGCAACAGGCCCUGAUCGCGCAGCGACGGAAAGAAAUGGCUGCCAGCCAGCCGACGACCCCGCGUGAGCUCACGUUCAAGGGCUGGACGCCGAAGGACCCGGAGAAGCGUGGUGUCGGUGCCCGUCGCGAGAAGACGCGGGACAAGGUUGAGCGCAUGAGCAUUGUGACGACGGCGACCGAUAAGGACGUUGUUCCUGGCUCUAAGAGUGCUCCCCUCAACCAAGGUCUCGCCUCGCAGCAGCAGUCGCCCCGUGAGCCGCCCUCCGGAUCGCAGACUGCCGUCCACCCCCACCACCUUCCUCCACUCCACCACCACUACGGUCACCACCCCCACCACCUCGCCGACCCGAGGACCGCUCCUCUCAGUGCCCACUCCCGCUCCGCCCGCCCAGACGAGUUUGGCCGCGGCGAGCACCAGUACUACCAGGCCGCCCAGCAGGCGCAACGGCCCUCGGGACCGCCGUCGGCGAACCCCUCGACCCGCUCUCGUGAUGCCCGAUACCCCGACCACCUUGGACGCAGCGCGCAGCCUAACACCGCUGACCGCCGCAACUUCUCCGUCCCCUCGAUCCAGGGCCACCCGACGAGCGCUCACCACGCGCGCUUCCCUCCCUUGUCUCCCCACGGCCCGCCUCCGUCGCAGCCGCCAGGAUCUGCCCGUCCUACUAACGGUGUGCACCGAUCGAACGGCUACUCGCUGAGCCCGUCGCCGCCCCACCCGCGCGAGCAGUUCCUUCAGCCCUUCGUGCAGCUUUACGACAUGCUGUCAUCGGUCGACCAGCUGCGCUACCAGCUGCAGGACAUGAUCCACCGGUCAGAUCAGGCGUACGCGAGCCAGAUGGCGGCGACGAACGAGUUCAAGUCGACAGCGGCGCAGGCCAGCAACCUGCUCGGCACGCUGCAGCAGUCGGCCGACUCGCUCAAGGAGAUGGUUCGGUACGAGGUCGAGCGCGCCGAGCGCCGCGAGGUUGACGAGCUGCGGGAACGUGUGCGCGCGCUGGAGGAACGGCUCCACAAGUAA